UUAAUGUUUGGAUGUUUCUAAUUUCUUAAUCUUGCUUUCGCCUUCGUUCUUCGUUUGAAUUGUGUUAAGGUUUUGUUUCAAUGUAUGGAUUUUUGUUCCUAUUUUGAGGAAUCGAAUGUUUAAUCUUAAUCUGUGCGUUGUUUGGCGUUUGGUGAAUUCGUUUGGCUUCAGUUUCAACUGCCCUUUUAUUCUUUCGAUGUGAUUCGACCUCGGGCGGUGGUGGAUUUUUUUACAGUUUUGAUCGGAAAAUGGUCUUCUACGGGCCGCCUUUUGGUCUGAACUGCAUGAUUUUGUGGAGAAUUUAACUUUUGCUAUUUCCAUGGAUCAAACCUAUUCUUCACCUGAGGCAUACUUAGAGUCUGAACAAGAUGUCUCUCUUAAGCAAAACUGGAAAUCUAUGUCAGCCCAGUCAACUGUAUCCGAAGAUGCAAAUGGUUGCUUCGAUUGCAACAUUUGCUUGGACUCUGCAGCUGACCCUGUUGUCACCCUCUGUGGUCACCUCUUCUGCUGGCCCUGCAUUUACAAAUGGUUUCAUGUACAAAUCUCCAGCAACGAAACCGAAAACACACACAACUGCCCUGUUUGUAAGGCUAGCAUCACUCCCUCCUCUUUGGUUCCCCUCUAUGGCCGUGGCAAGUCAUAUUCAGAUUCUGAAUCCAAGAAGUCUCAUUUGGGUAUAACCGUACCUCGAAGGCCACCACCGUCCAUGAACACCCCGCCCCAUUCUAAUGCUGCCUCUGCAUUGCAUCCUAGUGAGGAACUUCAUCCAAAUUAUAUCCGCUCGCCAUUGCACCGGAUCUAUCACCAACAAUAUUUCCCUCAGGCAUAUGGUAACUUUGCCCCAUACGCACCAUCUUAUCUCGGCAAUGCCAUGGUAACAAGUCUGCUAAACCCGACGAUUGGGUUGAUAGGAGAAACGGUUUACACAAGAAUUUUUGGUAGUGCAGAUGGGAACUUGUUGCCUUACCCGCCUUACAACCACUCGGUCGCAGGGAAUGUUGGCACCAGAAUGAGAAGACAGGAAAUGCAGCUUGAUAAGUCUCUGAAUAGAGUUUCCAUCUUUCUAUUUUGCUGCUUUAUCAUCUGUCUUCUGUUGUUUUGAACUGAGCAGUAGAUAUUUCGUAUGGAGAAGCAUCAUAUGAUAUAAAGAUAAGCACAGCUAGAAUUUUGCUAGAUGAUUUUUACGGUGAGAAAUCAUCGAUAUGUACAGAAGGCUCAGCUAAUAUCACAUUAUUUAGUAGUUUCUUUU